GAUGUUUUCAAUCAAGUAAUUAAGAGAAAAAAAAAUCUCGCAUUUUGAAUCUUCUCUGUCAUCAUUUUCCGGCGACGACAAUGGCGUCAGCUGCCAAGAACACUGAGCAAAACCCUUUCUCCUUGAAACCCCCAAGACCUCCGUCUUCCUCCAACGCUGCAUCUUCCACCGCUGUGGCUUCCACUUCAGUUGAACCCCAAAUUCGGAACCCUAAACCUAGCACAAACGUCUUACCAUCGACCUCGAAUUCACCGAUUACGAUGUUACAAGAAGAUGAAAUCCUCGCAAGCUCUAGUCACCUCACACGCCCAGAGCUUCUCCGACGCCGAGCAGACAACCUAAAGCAGCUGGCCAAGUGUUAUAAAAACCAUUAUUGGGCUUUAAUGGAGGAUCUCAAGGCGCAACACAGGGAUUAUUGGUGUAAGUAUGGGGUUAGUCAGUUUAAAGACGAACAAAAUCAAUCGAAUAAGAGACGGAGGCUUGAUCCAGAAGGUAGUGGAGAUAAGGGUAAUGAUGGUGAUCAGUAUGCAAACAGCAAUUCCGGGUUCUGUAUGUAUGGAUGCAAAGCUAAAGCUAUGGCGCUUACCAAAUACUGUCAAUUGCAUAUUCUCAAGGAUAGUAAGCAGAAGCUCUACACUGGUUGCACAAACGUCAUCAACAGAUCUCCAGCAGGACCAUUACUUUGUGGAAAACCAACACUAGCAUCGACUGUUCCUGUACUGUGUAACGUGCACUACCAGAAAGCACAGAAGAAUGUUGCCAAAGCUUUAAAAGAUGCUGGUCACAAUGUCUCUUCAACAAGCAAGCCUCCCCCAAAGCUCCAUGUUAUAGUAGCUGCAUUUGUGCAUCACAUUCAAGCACAAAGAAAAAAUCCACAUAAGGAGGGUAAACUUAAAAGUGUAGUAAAGGAAGAAAUGACAAGCUGAGUCAAGCCGCGUUCCCAGAAAUAAUAUAUUGGCUUACUAUAUCUUCUAGAGAUCCAUCUCUUUCAGUUCUUGUGAGUAGAUUUGACUAGCGAUGGAUUUGUUACAGUGUUGGUAUCGGAUCUUUUAUCAGCACUGAGCUAUUAAGAACAGGUUUUGGUACAAUGUAGGGUAGCUUAAGAUAGGUCUAAUUACAGUGGAGUUAUUGAGAUGAUGAUUCCACUGUUUGUAAAGACUUGAUAAGAUGAUGAUAUUUGAUCCAUAAGCACAAACACUUAACUUGUGUUGGAACUCAA